ACUGACCCAGCAGAAGGAGGACAGCCUCGGAGAAUGUGUUGAGCCAUGGCCAUGACGCCCACUUGGUCUCCGAGGGGUGACCAUCGAUCAUGGCAGGUGACGGAGCCCGUUGCACCCGUGGAUGGAGGCCAUUCCAAUGCGCCUGGCUCACCACCACCAGUGGCAAGGAUUACAAUGCCUCCGAUGGUAGCGUACACCAGCAAGGUGAUCCUGCAAGAUGAUCGCACUCAGCAACGUUUGGCAAUGUUGGAGCAGAAAUGCCGCGCACAAGAGGUGAUGCUGGCUGAGAAGGACGCCCAACUUCAGAUCAGCGAGGCCGGUGAACCCAACUCCCAGCUGCGGAUGAUCACGCUUGAGCAGCAACUGAAGGCGGCAGAGGUGAUGCUGGCCGAGAAAGAUGGUCAGAUUGAGAAGCUCACUGAGUUGGUGGAGGUGGCUAAAAGCUCCAUGCACGAGCUGGGCACUGAAGCUGACCGAGAAAGUCAAGAGUUGCAGAACGAACUGCAAGCGGCCAAGGCAGAGCUGGAGGAUGCCACCUGUCGCCUGGAGGAGGCCGAGGACGUGAAACAAAGGCUGAAGGAGUGUGAGAACAUGUGUGAAGCUUUUCGCAACAGCCCUUCGGGGACUGAUGGUGUCAUGAUGGAGGUACUGACGCUCCGUGCUGAAGCCAGUCGACUGGUGGAACAGCAGGAGGAGCUGCAACGCCAGCACACUCUCAGCGGACAGCGCUUGCGCAGCGAUCUGGAUGCCUUGAAGAACGUCAUGAAAGACGAGGGCUUGGAUUUGUCAAGCUUCAAGGAGAUGGAUGGUGGGAUAGACGUGGAGCAUCUUCGGGAAAGCCUCCAGAAGUGCGAGGAGGCUUUAGAGGCGGAGAAGAGAGCAAAGGAACACUCUCAGGAGUCUCUACACCAGUGCAAAGAGGUAGCUGCUCGGUUGAUGGCAGAGCGGGACACCACGCAGGGCCAGCUCGAGGAGCUCACCCAUCUCGCUGGCGCCUUCAAGAAACAAGCAGAGGGAGAAAUCUCCGAACACCGGUGGUUCCGCCUGGUGACACAGCUCACGCGUCAGGGUGACUUGGAGGCUUCCCAGAGCCUCAAGGAGAGCUGGUGCCAUGGCUUCCGGAAGUGGCAGUCCUUUGCUGAUACCUUAGCAGAGAAGAUCAACCACCGCCCGACGGCAGUAUUUGCUCAGGAGAUUGCCACCAGUUGUUCAAAGGGCGACAAAGCGCUGCAAGCCCUUGAGGAGAAGUGGCUGAGCCAGGGUAAGCAGCUGAGCUCCUUUUCCGAACUUGCUAUGACAAAGCUCCAGCAAGCGGAAGAGAGCUGGGAGGCUCAGCUACGGGAGGAGCGGCGUUUGCGACAGCUUGCAGAGGCGAGAUGUCGACAGUCUGGCGAUGAGCAAGAUCCAGAGGCGACUCCACUCGACAAGGGCAAGGUGGAUGAUCUCCUCAUGUCCUUGGAAGCCGAACGGAAGGAGGUUGCAAGGCUUCGGGAGAAGCUCUCUGAGGCAGAGCAAACGCUGGGGCGCAAGUUCUUGGACUGAGAGCAGUUUUGCACAGAGGACUUGGCUCUCGACAGAACUGUCAGAACGCUGCCCAGUGAACACAUGAACUCGGGACAGCUGGAUACCCUGUAGGGUUCGGCUGUCAUUGUUCAUUCGGUUGCUGCUCGUGGAGAUAUCGCGGGUGACAAAGGCCACAUUAUAGAAAGCCGUGUCCGGUAGCGUCCUGUGGCUAUUCAAUUCUUGAAUUCCAUAUCAGCUAUGCAGCUAUUCAAUUCUUGAAUUCCAUAUCAUGCCCUCCUUUCUCUCCCUUUUGGUUUGUUUGGGAUACAAAAGGCGAGCGGCGAUGUAGUUUGCAUUGCGAGUGUUCUCAUGUCCAAGGAUUGGGCAGUUGGUGGUACAAAGCAUCGAAGCGCCGUCUGCAAAGGCCAAAAAGCCAGGAAGCUUGCGCAGCCGUACUCGAUCCUCUUUGAUGUGAGGCCAGAGGUGCCCACCACAGCGCUUUGGGAACGUGCGGUGCUCACUGAUUGGCCAAAGCGAGCCACAAGAGCUGACGAUGGACUGAAUGCCAAAACAUGUCUGGCCAUUCGUGUUUACCAACAAAGUGACUGCCACUCCACAGAGGCCAGAAUGAUAUACAACAAGAAGCGACGCUUUGGAAGCGUUUUGAUUGUUGAUCACCCUUGUAGAGGGGCAAGUACAUGUCGGGGCCCGAUUCGGGUUUCUUAAGACACCUUCCAGAAAACCAAGCAUUUGCUUGGGACCCUGAUGCGUCGAUGCAAGCAAGUGCGGAGG